AUGCAGCCCAGCAUUCCGGUCAGCACAGUCCAACCCACACACAUUGUCAAAAACAAAACGGCCUUCCGCCGUGCUGAUGUGAGGAAGCUCCAUCUGGAAGCUUGCCACGCCGACGAUGAGCGCAGCCACGGCGACCUGCAAGCCUACGGCAGCAUCCGUCGCAAGAAGGUGCGCGUGGCCUGCGACUCAUGCCGCAAACGCAAGACUAGAUGCAGCGGAAGCCAGCCGUGUCCAUCUUGCAAAGCCAUUGGCAUGAGCUGUACGUAUGAGCAGCCGAGGCAUGAGGAGCCGCCCGCUCCCCCGACGCCGAAGAGCGCUUCAUUAGAUGAUCAGAGUUCGCACUCUCCAUCUUCCGCAGAAGCAGCUACUGCCUUCCAAGCAGAUGCGGACCGACUAUCUGCAAGAAUUCAGCACGGCAACCAAAGUUUCCAGUGGUCUUCAAUUAAUCCAAGUCACCACUUAGGACUACCACUAGCACCCGCUGCCCAGCCUCUUCAUGAUGCUGUCGCCGAGCCACAGCGAGAGAGCGUUGGUUUGGGCUUUCAGCCCAUUGAGGCCACUCCUCUCGACCCAGACCCGAUGGUUAUGUGGCUCGGUGACUCUGCCUUCGCUCCAGACUCAUACUCGCAUUACUUUCCUCUAAACUCUAUCUCGGAGGCGUUCAUGGAUCAUUCCGAUCCCUACAACUUCACCCGCGACCCUUUAUUGGACAUCCUGGCGCCCGUACCUCCCUGUGUCCAGCUGACUUCCAACUUCGGCUCCCCGUCGCAUCAUGAGCUGCCAUUUGACCACCAGCCCUUAUUUUCCAUGAUACGCAAAUACUUCAACCGUCGGUACAGCGCAUCUGAUCUAAACGAAAUGGACGAGGCAUUUGGACAGGUCUGGACCUCUGAGCUGCCGAGCUUGGCAAUAUACGAUACUCAAGUCCUCGACGUGUUUAUAGGCCUCGCCUUGAAACACUUACUGGCGACCUUUGAUCUCUUCCAUGAAGUAUCUCUGGAUAGGAACACUGAUGCGUCAUACAUCUUGGCGCUAGCAGCCGUCGGGGGGCUGUUCAGCUCCGUGGAGGGCAGCUUCAAGUUGGCAAUGGCCAUUUAUAACCAUUCGAGGAAACUAGUUCUAAAGAGAUUCAAUUGCAGUAUGAAAGACGACGAACUUUCUACUGACCCGGCAGAAUGGUUGGUUGUUACCAAGACUUUAAUGCUUUUGGAGCUAUACGGUUACUGCAGCGGAGACAGACGGAGUCACGAGCUUGCCGAGGCUUAUCAUGGCCAAUUGCUCGAAGCGGUGCAGCACUAUGCUAUGUUCAGGAAAUCGGCUCCUGCACAGAUCGACUAUCAAUUGUUCAAAACGCUUGCUGUCCUUGACCUGUAUCGCGUUCUCCUGUUAAGACGACCACCAUCACUGUCAUUGAGAUAUGUAGACAUGCUGUGUCCGAAGCCGGCAGCUCUGCAAGAUCAGUGUGAAUCUCUGGCAGCCGGCUGGCCAGAAGUUUUGAGCUCCAUGCUUACGCCUGGAUGCAGCAUCCCAUCGGCAUCUUCAAAGUCGGAUUUGCUUGGUGGCCUAGCAGCGCUUAGCCCCUAUGUGUGGCUCGUUAUUUUCGAGUCCACGUCGCCUGCCACGCCAGGACCUACAAUGCGGCGGCCUCGAGACUUCUUGAAACGCGACUAUGUCACUUGUGCGAGUGACAAAUGGUUAGAGGCCGAGAUCCGACUAGAUCCGGUCGCCCCAUGCAACCUCAUCCUAUAUCAUUGCAUGAAUCUGGUGAUACAUGCGGAUCUGGAGCUUUUGCACCGCUUCUUCUUACACAGCCCCGGGAAUAGCACCUCGAGCAGCAGCAAUCUGCUCCGUGACUUCUCAAAGGUGAUGUGUAACGUGCAAGAUUGGGUGGCAAGCAGCGACAGCUCCAUCGCUUCGUGGCAUGCUGCCUCUGUCAUGACCCUAGUACGUUGGACAUAUGGGCAGGGAGCUGAUCAUCUGGAUUCCAUCUCGAUCGACAGGGACAUUCCUCACUCGUAUCUAUCUUCUCAGGAUGGGCAGAGGAUCAAGCUUGCAUGCCAGCAAGCCAUGGUGGAACCUCCUCAUGUUGCUUACGCAGUCUUUUUCGCCACACUUGUUCUUUGGUGUAGGGAUACCUUGCAGCCUAAAGGAGGCAGCGGUAAAGCAGCACUUCUCCUGUUACAAGGCAGCCAAUUCCUCCUAGCUUUUCGCAUAAGCGUGGCACACCGACUAUACCAAAUUCUCAAUUACAGAACUAAAUAA